GCCAGCUUGGAGCAGCUUGCCGACCCCGAUGCGCUGCAGCUUGACGUACCGCAGGGGGGGGGGGGGGGGCUUCCAUCAUCAGAGAGAGGGCCCCGUCAAUGCGACCUCGAUCGACUCUCAGCUGUUAACCACCUCAUCGACCUCCGCCCUCUUCCUCCCCCUCUCACCCGGCCAUAGUAGCCACAGCAAUUGGAUGCCGCAGUCCCAGACAACUGCAACGCUCUCGUCCUCGUAAACCAGCCGAGGUCCCAUUCCGAUCCUCAUCCUCCCACGCACCUCGACCUUCGCGAAACCCGGCACCCAGCCAGGGCCUGCAGUCCAUUCCCAUCCGCCCUCAUCGUUCGGUCCCGGUCCCGCUUCCGCUCCCCCCGGUCAUGGCUCGCCAGGUCAUCGUCGCCCAGGCCUCGCGCCUCGUCGCGCGCACGGCACGAAGCUCCGGCGCCCCCCGCGCGAGCCUCCACGCCGCCCCGUGCGUGCUGCUGUCCCGCGCCGCGGUCCCGCCGGCGCGGCAGCCCUUGUGCUCCCGGCGGCUGUUCUCGGCGUCGGCGUCCCGCGCCAAGGGCAUCAUGCCCGACACCGAGAACCCAGUCAAGGAAGACACCGUCAAGACGGAGCCGAGCGUCGGGGUCGCGGAGCUGUCGGAUACCGCAUAUCACGAGCUGGCGGACCAGUAUCUGGACACGGUGCUGGCCAAGUUUGAGCAGCUGCAGGACGCCAGGGAGGACAUUGACAUUGAGUACUCGGCCGGUGUCAUGACCAUCACGGUAGCGGACAAGGGAACCUACGUCAUCAACAAGCAGCCCCCGAACAAGCAGAUCUGGCUCUCAUCACCCAUCUCCGGCCCCAAGCGCUACGACUGGUGCAUCAUCGGCGAGGGCCAAGGAGAGAAGGAAGGCACCGGGUCCGGCAACUGGAUCUACACGAGGGACGGCGUGAGCCUAAACGACCUCAUCCUGGAGGAGCUGGACGUUGUGAUUGACGUGCCGGCCGAGAGCUAGUAGUCGAACCAGGUUAGAGGGACAGGGAGAGGGCGCCUUAAAUGUUGUAUUAUUGCGGUGUGUGCCGCCAUGGCUACCCGCUGGCGGUGUGGGAUCCAUCGUCGUGUACAAAGCUACCCAUCUACUCUGGAGAAGACGCCAAUGCGAUAUUCCUUG